UCCAACGAGGUCACAAGCAAAUUAGCGUCGAGUCGGCAUUAAGCAUGCAGCGUGUGAUGGCGAUGCGACUGCGGCUGCUGCAGCGCCCUGUGCGCACGGCAGCCCAGAGCAGUGCCGCCUACUCCACAAAGACGCCAGAAUUCUCGGAUAUCGUGUAUGGCCAGGAUACGGGCGUGCGCACAGUGCAGUUCAACCGACCGGAGAAGCUCAACGCGCUGACGCUCCCCAUGGCGAUCCACCUGACGCAGCGUCUGCACAAGAUAGAGGCCAACAAGACGGUCAACGCCGUCGUUUUUUCUGGUAACGGGGGUAAGGCUUUCUGCGCUGGUGGCGACAUUCGCGCGCUAGCCGACCAUGGCAAAGAUCCAGCUACGCGUCACGUCUCGCUUGACUUUUUCCGUCACGAAUACCGCCUCAACUACCUUCUGGCGACCACCGAGAAGCCCAUCAUUUCCUUCCUCAACGGUGUCACUAUGGGAGGCGGCGUGGGUCUGUCAAUGCACGGCAAGUUCGUGGUGGCCACUGAGAAGACGUUGUUUGCUAUGCCCGAGACGGCCAUCGGUUUUUUCCCGGACGUCGGUGCCUCGUUCCUACUUCCGCGUCUCGGACGCCGUCUCAUUGAGGGUGAGGACUACGUGGCUGACGUGCCCAAGUCGCAGGCGCUUAAGGGCCAGGGUCUGGGCACAUAUCUUGCGCUGACGGGUGAGCGUCUUAAGGGCCACGAGGUUAUUGGUCUGGGACUUGCUACCCACUACCUGCCCACGAACGAGUACGAGACGCUGGUGCACCACCUGACAGGCCUCGAGUUCGCAGACCACGUGCCUCAGGAGGAACGCGAUGAAAUGAUUCACGAGGCUCUGGAGGAACUUGAGACGGACGAGGCUUUCCAGGAGAUUGACCCGGAGUACCUCGAGACGGUUGAGUCGGUGUUCGGUGCUCUUAAUGAGAACGACACAAUGGAAGGCAUCUUCGAGCGUCUGGAGAAGCUGAACACAGAGUGGUCACAGGAGACUCUCGCGACGCUCAAGAAGAUGUCGCCGCUGAGUCUGAAGGUCACGCUGGAGCAGAUGCGACAGGGAGCCGUCAAGACGUGCGCCGAGUGCUUCCAGAUGGAGUACCGCAUGGCUACGCGUAUGAUGGAGAACCCGGACUUUUUCGAGGGUGUGCGUUCGGUUGUUGUGGACAAAGAUCGCAACCCGAAGUGGUCAAAGCGCGACAUCACCAAGGUGACGACUAAGGAGGUGGAGGCGUUCUUCAAGCCGCUGGAAAAGGAUCAGGAGCUGAUCCUGUACCCGUCCGCGACGGCAGUGACGGAGAAGAAAGAAUAA